AUGGCUGAGCACCCGGGUCUGAAGAAGGCUGAGGUUGAGAUUGGCUCUGCCCUGAGCGACAAGGCCAAGCUCAAGGGCAUGUGGAACCACCUCGACUACAACGGCAAUGGCAUCGUCUCUGUCGCCGAAGUGGACAAGUGGCUGGCGCUGGUUGACCGGGACCCGGACAUUCACACGCGCAAGUUCAAGAAGGUUGAGGCGAAGAUGCAGCGGCUGUUUGCGGAUGAGGCGCGUAUGCGGGCGGCGUGGCGCGUCCUCGACUUCAACGGGAACGGCAUUGUCUCGCUCGCGGAGGUCGACCGGUUUGUGGCCGACAUGUUCCCCAUGCUGCACUCGCCGCGUGCGCUGAUGCGCGCGUUCAAGUACACCACGCUUGUUGACGGCGACGGGGACGAGUGGAUUGAGCCUGCCGAGUUCCCGGCCCUCUUGCGCAAUGUCGUGUACUUCAACAAGCUGUACGAUGUCUUUGAUCGCAUGGACACCGACAACGACCACCGCCUCGACCUCGACGAGUUCCUCAAGUCCCUCUCCCUCAUUGGGCUGUCACUCCCGCGGAAGGAGGCGGAGCUCGAGUUUAUGGCGAUGGACUCCAACUCCGGGGGCGUGGUCCUGUUUGACGAGUUUGCCGCGUGGGUCGCCGCCCGCAAGUGCCCCGUCGACGACAGCGUUCGCGAUCAUUUUGUGCGUGCAAGCACGCAGAUGCGCCGCGCACCGACUGCCGCUGCGGCAAAACGCGUGAGCAAGGCCGCUGUCUCCAAACUCUCCGGCGUCGAGAAGCGCCUGGCAGAGAUUGUGGCGGACGAGAAGCGACUGAAGAUGCUCUGGCGCAAACUCGACAAGAGCGCCGACGGCCACCUCUCUAUGAAGGAACUCCACGCUUACAUGUCGAACAAGUACCCGCUGCUGGGGCGCAAACCGGCGCUGAUGCGCGCGUACAAACACACGGUGGCAACGGAGACGGACGACGACAACGGCACCAUCGAACAGAACGAGCUGCCGGCCCUGCUCAAGAACGUCGUGCUCUUCCACAAGAUCCUUGCUGCGUUUGACACGCUGGACAAGGACAACAGCAAGCAGCUGGACGAGGGCGAGUUUGUGGACGGAUUGAAGAUGCUGGGCCUGUCGACCACCAUGGACGCAGACAAGCGGUCCUUCAAGGCGGUGGACGCGGACGGCAAAGGCCUCGUGUCCCUCAACGAGUUUUGCGCGUUUGUUCUCAACCACCAGGACCGCCUGCCCAAAUUGGCCUGAUGAGCGCAUCCAUUGUGCCAUGGUUGUGGUGCGUUUAUGGUGUUGAUGUUGCUGGUGUUGUUGGUUGUGGCGUUCGUCGUGACCGUUUCUGCUGCUGCUGCUGCUGCUGCUACCAUGAUGUCGCGUGUGUGUUGUGUUCUUCUACAGCCGUGUUGUUGUUAUGCACUUAACGCUGUUCAGCCCAUGAGUGACGCUGUUUCACCUCUUUUGAAUCAAAACUUAAAACGUUCUGCAACAUGUA